AUGUGCCGGCCACGCCGCAGCAUGCCACUUCUCCCACUGGCGGUGCUCCUCCUGCUGCUGGUGGCGAUGCGCUGCGCCGGCGGGUGCCUCGCCGCCGCUCCCGCCCAGAGGCCCCGCUGCGUGUCUGGGGAGACGGCGCUGGGAGUCGCGCCGGCGACCGCGGUGGUGCGAGAGGUGCCGCGGAAGGGGCAGGGUGCGAUGCAGGCGUACACCGUCGCCACGCAGACUGCAGAUGGAAGCGAGGGCUGGGCGCCCAUCCGCGUCAAGGUGUCCGCGAGGGACUUGGAGGACCCGCUGAGGCACUGCAGCG